GUCUGAGGGAAAAAACCCUGAGAAAAUGUGGGACUGGCUGAACUUUACUCACCUUUUUCCAGAGGAAGUUACAGAUAUCAGACUUGCUUGCUCCUGACACAAGUCAUCAUGACCAUGAGACACUGCUGGACAGCAGGUGGGACGUGGGGCUUUGUGGGGUCAUCCUAAUAGGACGGAGCAGUGUGGCUAACUUGACCAUCACCCCAAGAGGUUGCAUCCACCUCUACUAUUGCUUUAAGUCUCACUCUAGCUGCUUUGGCUCUGGCUCCAUUUCAAGGCUUCUUAGCACCACAUUCAGCAGGGCUAAAGGGUGGGGGCUGCGGGGUCCCCACCUAUUCUGAUGCCUGGUGACAGCUCAGGAGCAUCUGGGUAGAGAUCUGUUCCAACCCAAGCAGCUUGUCUCUGACCAGAGUGGGUGCUAGGAUGCUGAGCUUUACAUCUGUAUCUAUCUGUUCCUCAGACCCCAAUUCGUGGUGGGUCCUGCUUCUGUACGUCCAUGUUGUUGUCAUUUUGGCCAGAGCUACAUCUGCACCUCAGACAACUGCCAGUGUCUUUACUGGGAACUCCAAGGACCCAUGCUCUUCUGGGCCUCUAGCAGUCCCAAAUAAGCACUACUCAGCACUGGAUGUGAUCUGGCCAGAGGAAGAAGUGCCACUGAAUGGAACGCUGACCUUAUCCUGUACUGCCUGCAGCCGCUUCCCCUACUUUAGCAUCCUCUACUGGCUGGGCAAUGGUUCCUUCAUUGAGCACCUGCCAGGCCGGCUGAGGGAGGGUCACACAAGUCGGGAACACAGGAAUACAAGCACCUGGCUACAGAGAGCCCUGGUGCUGGAGGAACUGAGCCCCACCCUUCGAAGCACCAACUUCUCCUGUUUGUUUGUGGACCCUGAACAGGUGGCCCGGUAUCACGUCGUUCUGGCCCAGCUCUGGGAUGGGUUGAAGACAGUUCCAUCUCCUUCUCAAGAAAUCUUCUCCAGCCACAGCCCAAGACCCACAUCAGCAGGACCAGGGGUUACCAUGAAUCCAGCCAUAGCAUGGCCUUGAUGGGAGCCUGGUUCUCAUCUACCUGGAGGGUGAAGUCUCAGCCAUCGGCUUUGCUUUCCCCUGUACAGCUCAAUCUCAAACUCAAGCUUCAUUUCUAUCUAGAAUAUUACAGUAAUUAAAUUGGGCCUUUAGAACUCC